GGCCGUUAGCUGUAGGGGAUGGCGUCCCCCACCUUCUGGAAGACACUCAUGCAACCGUUUAUCAGUUUUCUCAUCUUCAUCCAUGGCUACAUUCCACUUGUCGCUCUCCAACUCCCCAAAGCUCAUACACUUGAAGAACCGCCACUCCUUUUCCUUUUCCAAAAAGAUUUUUUUGCCCAAGAAGCUGUUUUUACCCACGAGGUUUGAUGGGGCUUUAAGCUCAAGAAUCAUCACUUCCUCUCUAGCAAGUUCUACCAGCAACAGCAGCAGCAGUAGGGCUGAAAUUGACAAGGCUGAGAUUGAGAUUGAGAAUGAGAGGCCUCCAUUUGACAUCAAUCUGGCUGUCAUUCUUGCUGGUUUCGCGUUUGAAGCUUACAUCACACCUCCUGAUAAAAUCGGCAGGCGUGAGAUGGAUGCUGCCAAGUGCCAGACAGUGUUCCUAUCUGAGUCAUUUGUACGUGAAAUUUAUGAUGGUCAAUUAUUUGUAAAGCUAAAGAAAGGUUUCAACUUCCCUGCCAUGGACCCUUGGGGAACUAGCGAUCCAUAUGUAGUCAUGCAAUUGGAUUGUCAGAUAGUCAAAAGCAAUGUCAAAUGGGGGACGAAAGAACCCAAAUGGAAUGAGGAAUUUGCUUUGAAUAUCAAGCAACCGCCCAUACAUGAUCUUCAGGUUGCGGCUUGGGACGCAAACCUUGUAACCCCACACAAACGCAUGGGGAAUUCCUGUAUCAAUUUGGAAAACCUUUGCGAUGGAAAUUCACAUGAAGUGCUUCUUGACUUGGAAGGGAUGGGAGGUGGUGGGAAGAUAGAACUGGAGGUAAAGUACAAGAGUUUUGGAAAAAUAGACGACGAAAAGAAAUGGUGGAAGAUUCCCCUUGUGACUGAAUUUCUAGAGAAACACGGUUUGGAUCCUGCGGUCAAGAUGUUUGCUGGGUCAGAAACAGUUCAAGCACGUGACUUUGUACAGUUUGCUUUCGGACAGUUAAAGUCUCUUAACGAUUCGUACCUUCAAAAGGACCAGCUUUCCGAGACCAAAGUUACUAGUGACCCCUACCCUGAUGUUAAGGAAAAGCAGUCGGAGCUAGAGAAUAAUGAGGGCUCUACAAAUAAAGACAGCAAUGAUGGAAUCCUAUCAAAUGAUGAUGCGGUGAACAAUGUGAAAAACAAUACAGAAGAAAUCCAAGCUGUGGAGGAUUCAUGGACUGACAAACACUUUUGGAAAACGUUAGCUGAUACUGUGAAUCAUAAUGUUGUUCAAAAACUCGGUCUUCCUGCCCCAGAGAAAAUGAAGUGGGACGAAGUUGACUUAUUAAAGAAUUUUGGUUUGUUAUCACGUGAAAAAGCAGAGGCAAGUUAUGUUGAGUCAGGGCUUGCCACUCCGAAUAAUCAGGAGGUAGUUGAAGCUGAUGCAAAGGAUGGGUCGGAGUCCAGUGGCACGCAGCAGACAUCAUCACUAGCCGACAUUAAAAAAAUUACACAGGAUAUAUUACGACAAACCGACUCCAUAUUGGGUGCUUUGAUGGUUGUAAAUGCAGCAGUUUCUAAAUUAAGCAAUGAAUCAGGCCUAAUUGGAAAGAAAGAGGAUACUCCAGUCGAAGUGGAAGAAGAAGUGCCUGGAGACGAAGAGAGCAAAAGACUAAUAAGUAAUCAAGGUGGAUUAACAAUGACUGAGGAAGAAGCUGAGGAGAUGAGGAAACUUUUCUCGACAGCCGAAAGCGCCAUGGAGGCGUGGGCACUGCUUGCAAAUGCAUUGGGCCAUCCAACAUUUAUAAAAUCCGAGUUUGAAAAGAUUUGCUUCUUGGAUAAUGCAGAAUCAGACACUCAGGUGGCAAUUUGGCGCGAUCUCGAAAGAAGAAGACUUGUCGUAGCUUUCAGGGGAACAGAACAAACUAGGUGGAAGGAUGUAGUGACAGAUUUGAUGCUCGUACCUACAGGGCUAAAUCCUGAAAGGAUAGGUGGUGAUUUCACGAACGAGGUUCAGGUGCAUAGUGGUUUUCUGAGCGCAUAUGAUUCUGUUAGAACUAGGCUUAUCACACUCAUUAAACAAGCUACAGGUCACAGGGAUGAUAAUUCUAUUGAGUUGCUUCCCACAUGGCAUAUAUAUGUGACAGGACAUAGCUUGGGGGGCGCUUUAGCUACCCUUCUCGCCCUUGAAUUGGCAUCAAGUCAAUUAGCGCAGUGUGGAGCUAUUGCUGUGACUAUGUACAACUUUGGAUCUCCGAGAGUUGGAAACAGAAGAUUUGCUGAAAUAUACAAUCAGAAAGUGAAGGACAGUUGGAGAGUCGUCAAUCAUAGGGACAUAAUACCGACAGUGCCUCGUUUGAUGGGAUAUUGCCAUGUAGCCCACCCAGUUUAUCUGGCUGCUGGCAAUCAGAAGGAUGACAUGGAGAAUCUAGAUGCUCUGGAGGUUGGAUAUGAAGCUGACAUUAUUGGGGAAGCGACGCCUGAUGUUCUUGUCAGCGAAUUCAUGAAAGGGGAGAAAGAGCUCAUCGAGAACAUUCUAAACACAGAAAUAAAUAUUUUCCGCGGGAUUAGAGAUGGGAGUGCUGUGAUGCAGCAUAUGGAGGAUUUCUAUUACAUCUCACUGCUAGAGAAAGUGAGAUCUAACUAUAAGGGUGUUGGAGGAUUUCAACCAGUAGGAGCAGGCAAGAAGUUGUCUGCUUGAAAACCGCAUUUUCGCCAUCACUGGUAACAAGUGAAAAUCUGCAUUUGGAAAUUCUUGAAUGAUAUGAUGCCACUGUUAUUGCUUACUAUGCACAGAAACUUAAAAUGAAGCAUUUGUUGUUUGUUACCAGAAAAAAAGAAUAUAUUUCACAAGUUUAUGUAUAUAGAUUUAUUGUAUAUUAUAGGCAUCAUUUGGGGAUGAGUAUAUCCUUAUUGAACUCUCUUUUUCUAA